AUGUCUGCUGCGACAACAAAUCAGUUGCAAGCAUCUGGUGAAUGGAAUACAUUAUUAUCUAAUAAAGUGGUAUUUUUGAGUGGUGGCGGUGGUUAUAUAGCACAAUCGAUUGCUCAUACGUGCUAUUUACAUGGUGCUAAAAUUAUUUUAGCUGACAUCAGUAAACAGGCAGCAUUGAAUGUUAAACAACAAAUUUUAACACAGGAUAAUAAGAUUGAUGAUGAUGAUAAUCGUAUAUUGGUGAUUGAAGUUGAUGUAACAAAUGAAAGUUGUAUUAAACAAGCUGUGGAUCUAGCAAUGUCAAAAUGGAAUAAAAUAAAUAUAUUGAUAAAUACUACCGCUGUUUUUCCUAUGGGUACAGUUGAAGAUAUUACCGACGAAGUAUGGAAUAGUGUUUUAGCUAUCAAUGUUAAAGGUUAUGCUCUGAUGGCAAAACAUAUUGUUCCAAUUAUGAAAUGUCAACAAGAAACUUGUUCAAUAAUUAAUCUCGCUAGUGGUAGUGGUAUGAUAGCUAUUCAGAAAUCGGUGCCAUACUCAGCAACAAAAGCAGCCAUUAUUCAGAUGACAAAAAAUUUGGCUUUAGAUCUUGGUACUCACAAUAUCAGAGUCAUUUCAAUUAGUCCGGGACCAAUAGGUAUGGCAAGUUUGCUCAAAAAGAAAAUCUAACCUUUUCUUUCGUUAAUGUGUUUGAAAACAGUCAGGAGGAGAUAGAUAAUCGCAGAACACUUUUACAAUCCUUAUUUUUCUAUGUGACGUGUGAGACUAUCCUUAUUGGAUGAUAGCACUUUCGUCACGUUAAUUUUCGUCACAUAGAAAAAAGAACUUUCGUCACAUGUGUCGAAAGUAUGUGGCAUAUUUGGGGAGCACCACCCGCACUUUGGUCACGAAAGUGAUGAACUUUUGUAACCAACUGUGUACCUGCCAGAGCCCGAAAUGGCUAAUCAAACGCGAUCAGACCGGACCGGAUGAUUAUUACCCGAAGGAGACCGGAAACAUGACAAUGUUUUCGUACACAUUCGCAAAGAAAUACUUCUUUCCUAUAUUAACGUUAUCGUAGUCAGACUGUUCUGAAAUUUUUUCAAAAAAAUGGUCAGAUUCCUUACGAUUUUUGUCAAUUUUUCCUUUUAUAAGUGGAAAGUUUGGGUAAUUCCGGCAGUUUUUCUUGUAUUGACCUGAGUUUGACCCAGAAAAGGUUUUUGAUUUGAUCCGAACGCGAGUUCACCCGACCCGAAUCAAUAUCGUUUACGUUGAGCCGAACUAAGAAAAUGAAACAUUUUUAAAGGAAAAAGCAAGAAGUUAAUAUCCUAGUCUGCACUACUACACUAGGACUAAUGAACUUUGCAGUACAACCUUGCUUUCGUCGUAACCGUUUCAUGCAAUGUGUGAUGAAAGUGCCGCGCCACCCGUCUAAAAAACCAGACACUUUCGUCACAAAAGGGUUUAACUUUCGUAACUACUAUAUAAACAUGGCUAAACUUUCGUCACAUAAAAGAACUUUUGUCACUGAAAACAGAGUUUCAUGUAGCGAAAGUUCCGCGUUAUUCGACGACGAAAAUGUAUGGUGGUGAAAGUGCUGUGAAAGUUCUUCGGCUUGUCCAAACGUAACGGUGUUCCGUUUUUGGACGCACUAAAAUGAAAUUAUCUCGGAAACUAAAAUAGUUAAAAAGCUCAUUUAAACGCCAUUCGAUGCAGCUCGUCGAUCCCAAUUUACGGUAUAAAAACGAAAUGUUUUGCAUGAAGUCUCGAAUUUUGAGAACGGUUUUUGUAGGCCGUAACGGUGUUACGAAAAAAGACCCUUUUUUUCGAGUGCUGUCAACAAAAACGUGAAUUCCGACAAAGGUAAAGGUCAUAAUGAAAAGUUUUUAGCACAGAAAUUGUAGAGCACCAAACGGGCUAUCGGGUGGUAAAAAAAGAAUUUUUCCAACAUCUUUAGUUAAGGCAAAAACAUCAAAACAUAAACGUAACGGCGUUACGUUUUUCGUAACGGUGUGACGCACUGUUUUUGUCGAGUGUUUUCGAGGGACUUAACAUGAUCAGGAGAUUUUGAUAUUACACAGAUAAUUAUUCGUGCGAUAGUUAGCCGAUAUAAGCAAGAAUAAAGUCGCUACCUCGGGUUGGAGGGUCAAAAACUGUAAAUUAAGUCGGAAAAUGUACAAAUAUGUAAGGUGCCGCUAAUUCAAAAAUCAAGCACUCUUCAUUUUUCCUUGAAAGACACAUCAUCCGAUGCAGAAUUUUGUGCUGAUUACGAAUAUCACCUUUUUAGUUCGAUUUGUUUGAGUUUUGUGU